AUGUCUACAAUUAUUACAUCCCGAUACAAAGGAAUAACUUUAGAAGAAUGGGAAGCAAAAACUCAACUUACAGAAACACAAAGACAGGGUGUACUAGAAUUACAAGAUGCUUGUGCAGAAUUACCUCUUCCUGAAGGAUUUUUAAGUGAUCUUGGACCAGGAACCCCACAACGUACAGCAUCACCCACUCCAUCUGUCAAAGAUAAUCAUAAACAAACACCUUAUUCUCGUUUAAGUUCUUCACCUUUACCCAUUCCCAAAUCACGGUCUACUACGAACCUUUUAGCAGCUGAAUUCCAAGCAGCCGAAGCUGCAGCCGCAUCAACGCCUGAUGCGUCACUCGGUAUACCUCAACCAAUCGAAACCACGCAACAAUUUUUUGAUUGGUUUGCUAGAAUGGAAGCUGAUAUGGAAAAAGAUCAAGAAGAUGUAUAUAGGAACUUUUUAGUAGUAGUCACAAUGUAUAGAGAAUCUUGCGAUAAAUUUUUGGAACAGAUUGACACUACAGUUAAAUUAUUUAAUGAUUUGGAUGAUAACUUUAAGUUUGUUGAGGAAAGAACAAAAGCUUUGCAGACAGCGUGUGAAAAAUUAUUGGAUGAGCAGAAUAACCUUACAUCAUUAGCAGAUUCAAUAUCCGCUAAGCUUUCAUAUUACAAUGAACUGGAAACUAUUACAAAAUUAUUUAAUUCGCCAGGGGAGAACAUUUGUGAGCAGAAGGAAUUUAUACCAAUACUGGCAAAGUUAGAUGAAUGCUUAGAAUAUAUGCAGAGCAAUCUUAGAUAUAGAGAUUCUGAACUAUAUCUUAUGAGAUUCAGACAAUGUAUGACAAGAGGGAUGGCUUUGAUUAAAAUGUACUUUAUCAGUGCAAUUAAGGGUCUCGGAUUGGAAAUAGCAAAAAAAAACAAUCAGAUUGUUCAUUCAACAGUCCAGUCAGCUUUAUUUUAUAUAAAAUUUAGAGCUAUAGCACCAAAGCUAAAAGAAUUGGUUAAUGAAAUUGAGGAAAGAUGUCCAUCACAUAGAGAGUAUUUACUUAUUCCUGUAAUUUAUUCAAAAAUCCAAGAAUUAGGGCUUACCGGUCAAGACAUACUUUCAUUUGCUCGAAAUGGUUACGCAUAUCUUUUAAAUCUCUGCUCGGACGAGUAUUCAUUGUUUUAUAAUUUCUUCUCAACAGGCGAAGAUGAUUUAUAUGGGAAUUUAGAUUUGUUGUGUAGUUAUAUGUAUGAUUAUUUAAGGCCCCGAAUUAUUCAUGAAACUAAUAUUGAAACAUUGUCUGAAUUGUGCACUAUACUUCAAAUGCACUCGAAUCAAGAUAACGUAAAAAGCGGAGAAUCGGAAGGCCAAAGAUUACAAUUUAGUCAUUUAAUUCGCAAUGUCCUUCAGGAUACACAACAACGUCUUGUAUUUCGUGUACAAACUUUUAUUCGUAGUGAAAUACAAAACUUUGUUCCACAACCGUCUGAUUUGGAUUAUCCAAAUAAGCUAAAAGAUAAUCACUCUACAGAAUCUCCAUCAUCAUCACCAGCUAUUUUAGCAGUUCAACAAGAUAAUGGAGAUAAUGAAUCCAUGAGAUCUUUUGUAUUAUCUACAAAUGUUAUUGAUACAGGAGAUAUGUAUAGGGGAUGGUUCCCUACAUUACAACGAACAUUAUGGACUCUUUCAAAGCUUUAUCUAUGUGUUAAUGAAAUUGUGGAUUUAUGUUUGCAAUCUUUAUUAUCUGCGAGCGAGUCUAUAACUAAGGAGAACAAACUUGAUGGUCAGCUAUUUUUGAUAAAACAUCUAUUAAUUCUCAAAGAUCAAAUUGCAUCUUUUGAUACACAAUUUGUGCACGAAGAGAAAGAUUUAGAUUUUUCAGAAAUGACAGUCGCACUAAGUGAAAUUUUACAAAACAAGUAUUCAAUAUUGAGCCCAAAUACUUUAUUUGGUUUAGCCCAAAAAGGGAUUCCAAAAGUAGUUGAAAAUAGAGUUGAUUCGAAGCAAGAAGUUGAUAAAGAGUUGAAAAGAAUUUGUGAAGAGUUCAUUACAGAAAGUGCUCAGGCUGCUAUCGAACCACUAUCGUCUUUUAUAUUGAAGGUAUCUGCAUUUAAAAUAAGAAAUAAUCUUAAACCAAAAAAUCAUCAAACAUUAUUAAAGAAUCAAAGUUUCGCCGAUCCAGCAAAAAUUGUUGAAGUUUACGAAUCAUUUCAAAAUUCUGUACAAGCUCGAUUACGAUAUAUAAUUACGAAGAUGUCGGAAUAUCUCGAAGAUCGUAAAACCGAAUAUAUUUUAUUAAAACCGAUGCAGCAUAAUGUUAUCGAUACAUAUAAAACAUUUUAUGAUAUAUUACAACAAGAAAAGUAUGAAUUUGAUAAAUUUCCUAAACCAAUAGGAACGUUUGAAGAAGUUAAAGAAUGGGUGAAAGGUGAAUGGGUUUGGGCAGAGUUUGGACGAAACUUUUUUCAUAAUUUGAUGUAUAAUUUUACCAAAUUAGGUUUUGGAUGA